GAAUUAUGCCAGUUUUCAUCCAGCUCACCCAUCGUUGAAGCGGCGUUGGGACCACCUGGACAAGUCAAGAGUGUCGGAUGGGGUGUGGCUGAGCAGAAAAUCCUUUAAAUGCGCUGGCUGGUAGCCACGGACGACUUCAGAUUCAACGUGGAGUACCAAGUAGCGUUCUAAGUAUAGAUUGAGUCCCUACAAAGAGGGAGUAUUCGAGCUUGCUUAUGUCAAUGUUCCAUCCAUUGGGGAUUCCUGUGCUGCCUGAUGAUUUUAGCGAAGCUGAUAUUGAGAGAGAUCUGGAGGCAGAAGAUCCAGUGGGACGAACCACUACCGGAGGAGAUAGGCAAAGCCUUUGCCGCCUGGCGCAGGGAGAUGGACGCUGUGGGUCAGUUCCGAUGCCCUCGUCACUAUUUUGGGCAUGGAGCAGUUCGGACCAUCAAGUUGCACGUGUUUGUGGAUGCAAGUCAAUCUGCAUUCGCGGCGGUGGCCUAUUGGAGGGUCACGUACGAGGCCGAUGAGAACGUGCACAGUGUGGAUAUCAGCGAGACGGUGUUGUGGACGAACUUAAAAACGGUGCUGAGAUGGAUCGGUAGGACCCACCGCCGGUACAAGCAGUUUGUUGGAAACCGAGUGGCGGAGAUUUUUCAGUCUUCGAAGGUUUUCCAGAACGCAGCGGAUGAUGCGUGGCGGUCGCAGAAUAAGGCGUACCUUAGCCCGGCAUCACAUUGGCUAAGCGGACCCGCAUUAUUGAGGCAGCCAGCGAGCGUGUUCCAGAUGCGCCUGAUGAAGAGGAGAUGCCCAGUGAGUUUGCAUUGGUGGCCGCAAAUGAAUUAGCCAUUCCGUUCCAGAGAUUCUCGAGCUGUACUUGCCUGACGAGGACCACAGCCUGGGUCUUGAGGUUUGCGCGUUGGUGUCGCAAACAGAGAAGCGACCUCGAGGAGUAUGGACUCACUGCAAUGGAGUGUGAGGCCGUGGAGACCCUGUUAGUCAGACAGGCCCAAUUGGAAUAUUUUCUCGACGAGAUAAGGUCGGCGGAAUGCGGAAAGGACGUCGCCAGCUCGAGUGAGAUUCGAGGUCUAGCGCGCUGUGCAUGCUUUACAGUGCGAGGAGGUCCGUUAUACUGUCACACAGGCACAGUCUUACGGAAUCGAUUGUGAGGAUGAAUCCCAGUGCCUGACGACAAGGGCGAUUCAUCUGGAGCUGGCGCAUGACCUGUCGACGAAUUCCUGCAUAAUAUCGAUCAGGAACUUCGUCUGCCGUAGAGGACCAGUAUAUAGACUGCGGAGUGAUAAGGGCAAGAACUUUGUGGGAGCUGACAAACGUGUUCGAGACGGACAGGAUACAGAGUGAGUUGUUCAGCAGAAGCAUUAAAUGGGUUUUCAAUUUCCCAUAGAACCCGUCUGAGGGCGGAGUAUGGGAGGAGAUGACGCAGUGGGUCAAACGAGUGCUGCGCCAUACCCUGAAGGAAGUCGCGCCGAGGGAUCAUGUGUU